AUGAAUGGUGAGCAAUGGACACAGGGAACUGGAGCCAGGUAACAGAAUUCAUCAUCUUGGACUUCCCCCAUCUCCAGGGUGUCCAGAUUUAUCUCUUUCUCUUGUUGCUUCUCAUUUAUCUCACAACUAUAUUGGGAAAUCUACUGAUAUUUCUGGUGGUCUGCCUGGAAUCCCGGCUUCACACACCCAUGUACCACUUUAUCAGCAUUCUCUCCUUCUCAGAGCUUGGCUAUACAGCUGCCACCAUCCCUAAGAUGCUGGCAAACUUGCUCAGUGAGAAAAAGACCAUUUCGUUCUCUGGGUGUCUCCUGCAGAUCUAUUUCUUUCACUCCCUUGGAGCAACUGAGUGCUAUCUCCUGACAGCUAUGGCCUACGAUAGGUAUUUAGCCAUCUGCCGGCCCCUCCACUACCCAACCCUCAUGACCCCAACACUCUGUGCAGAGAUUGCCAUUGGCUGUUGGUUGGGAGGCUUGGCUGGGCCAGUAGUUGAAAUUUCCUUGAUUUCACGCCUCCCAUUCUGUGGCCCCAAUCGCAUUCAGCACAUCUUUUGUGACUUCCCUCCUCUGCUGAGUUUGGCUUGCACUGAUACGUCUAUAAAUGUCCUAGUAGAUUUUGUUAUAAAUUCAUGCAAGAUCCUAGCCACCUUCUUGCUGAUCCUCUGCUCCUAUGUGCUAAUCAUCUGCACAGUGUUCAGAGUUCCCUCAGCUGCCGGCAAGAGGAAGGCCUUCUCCACGUGUGCCUCCCACCUCACUGUGGUUCUCAUCUUCUAUGGGAGCAUCCUCUUCAUGUAUGUGCGGCUGAGGAAGAGUUACUCACUGGGCUAUGACCGGGCCCUGGCAGUGGUCUACUCAGUGCUCACACCUUUCCUCAAUCCCUUCAUCUACAGCUUGUGCAACAAGGAGAUCAAGGAGGCUAUGAGGAGGCAGCUAAAGAGAACUGGGAUAUUGGCAUGAGUUGGGGCUGGGAGUAGGCCAAGGCUGGGCCUGAGGAUAUGGUGACCCCAGGGAUCAACAGU